AAAGAAGGUUUCAGUUCUUCUUUCCUGUUUUUUUCUCGCUUUGUCCUCUUCCUGCCAAGAAAAAGUGCAAAAGAACCGGGGGGUGGUGGGUCUUGUCUCUCUGGGAUUGAUGCUUGCUUGCUUCGAUUUCUCUCCGUUCUCUGAAUCGAAAUGGAGCGGUACGAGGUGUUGAGGGAAAUCGGGGCCGGUAAUUUUGGGGUGGCCAAGCUUGUGAGAGAUGUUUGGACCAACGAACUCUAUGCCUCGAAGCUGAUCGAGAGAGGGCACAAGAUUGAUGAACAUGUUCAGAGGGAGAUCAUGAAUCACAGAUCACUGAGGCAUCCAAAUAUAGUUAGAUUCAAGGAGGUCGUGCUAACACCUACACAUCUAGCCAUAGUUAUGGAAUAUGCUGCUGGUGGUGAGCUUUUUGUGAGGAUAUGCAAUGCAGGACGAUUUAGCGAGGAUGAGGCACGGUUUUUCUUUCAACAAUUGAUAUCAGGAGUCAGCUAUUGCCAUUCCAUGCAAAUAUGUCAUCGAGAUCUUAAGUUAGAAAAUACUCUGUUGGAUGGUAGCACAGCACCCCGCCUUAAGAUAUGUGACUUUGGUUACUCAAAGGUAAUUAACUAUUGCUGCAUGACUAGAAAAUUCAACUCGAAACAAACACAUGACCAUAUCUUUCUUAUCUGCCAGUCUUCAGUGCUGCAUUCCCAACCAAAGUCCACUGUUGGCACACCAGCUUACAUUGCUCCAGAGGUUCUUUCAAGAAAGGAAUAUGAUGGAAAGAUUGCAGAUGUUUGGUCUUGUGGAGUAACAUUAUAUGUAAUGCUGGUUGGGGCUUAUCCCUUCGAGGAUCCAGAUGAUCCAAGGAAUUUUCGGAAGACACUUGGGCGGAUACUUAGCGUCCAGUACUCCAUUCCAGACUAUGUACGAGUAUCAAAGGAAUGUAGACAUCUUUUAUCUCGGAUAUUUGUAGCUAAUCCCGAACAGAGAAUUACCAUUCCAGAAAUAAAAAACCACCCAUGGUUUCUAAAGAACCUGCCAGUUGAGCUAACUGAUGAGUAUCAGAACAGCUUGCAGAGUUCUGACAUGAACACUCCAUCCCAAAGCAUAGAAGAAAUCAUGGCCAUCAUACAAGAGGCACGGAAGCCUGCCGAGAGUCCAAAACUUGGUGGUGGGCACUUUGUUGGAGGCGACAGUGGGGACCUAGAUGACAUGGAUGCAGAUGUGGACCUUGAUGACAUUGAGACAAGUGGGGAUUUUGUUUGUGCUCUUUGAAAGUUAGGAAUGCAUGAUCUGCCUACUAGCUUGUGGUUAUGUGAAUUCUUCCAUCCUUCGUUGGAAGAAAAUGGGAUGUUUAACUCCAUGAGGAGUAAUUCCAGUUUGUCAUGCAUAGAGAUCACUGUUAUUGUGUAGAUGAACCAAGUCAUGCUCGUGAUGUGGAAUACACCGAAUUUCUUUGUUGUUUCAUGUUAUUUGUGAAGUUGGCUCUCAUCGACGAUAUUGUGAAAAAA